GCUGUUCCUUUAAAUGUAAUGCAGUUGCAUUGAAUCUGACUGUUGCUGUGUUUAAUCAAGCUCAGGACUGGAAUCCAUGCUGGCCAGAAGAGCAGCUCAGCUUGUCAGUGUUGUCAGCGUUUAACUGUAUGUCUUCACUGAAAGUUGAAAAAUGUGUUUUUGUGCAGGUACGAUUUCUUUUUGGGGUGGACAGAAAUUGACGGGGCUUUGGUUGCCAAGGUUCACGUAGGUUGAAAUGCAGCUAGAAAUUUCGGUAAAAGUCACUUCUUCUCACCGGCGGUAGAAGAAAACCUGUUCCAAAGGUGGUUUCCAAGAAACAUGAUCACGUGGUGACCUUGAUUCCCAGCUGGCUUUUGACUGACUGAUUCUCUGAAAAUGUCAAGUUCAGGCUACCCUACAGGCCAGGGCCCAUUCAGUGCAGAACCGAACCGGUUUCCAGCACAUGCUGUACAAUACACCUUCUCCAACAGCAGACACCAGCAGGAGUUUGCAGUUCCAGACUAUCGAUCUCACCUUCAGGACUCUCCAAACUUACAGCAGCAACAUCAACAGCUUCGGAGACGACCCUCUCUCCUCUCAGAGUUCCAUCCUGUCUCUGACAGGCCACAAGAAAGGAGAGGUGGCUACGAUCAGUCCUACCAUAGCGGGGCUGGACAGUCUGAUCACGAUUCACUGGAAACCAAACGUCCACGGCUUGACCAGGAGAAUUAUUCGCUGAAGGCUGAUGUGGCCUCAUCACCGACUGGCAACCAGCAGGGUGGAGAUGAUCAGGAUGGGUCUCCUUCCAAACUGUCCAAAGAGGAGCUUAUCCAGAGCAUGGACCGUGUUGACCGAGAAAUUGCCAAAGUGGAACAGCAGAUCCUCAAACUGAAGAAGAAACAGCAACAACUCGAAGAGGAAGCAGCCAAGCCCCCAGAGCCUGAGAGACCCGUGUCCCCUCCUCCAGUCGAACCAAAACAUCGCAGUAUCGUCCAGAUCAUCUACGAUGAAAACCGGAAAAAAGCAGAGGAAGCUCACAAAAUACUUGAAGGUCUGGGUCCAAGAGUUGAACUGCCACUGUAUAACCAGCCGUCAGACACAAAGGUUUACCAUGAAAAUAUCAAAACGAAUCAAGUUAUGCGGAAGAAACUCAUUCUUUUCUUCAAAAGGAGGAACCAUGCUCGUAAACAGAGGGAACAAAAAAUCUGCCAGAGGUAUGACCAGCUUAUGGAGGCGUGGGAAAAGAAGGUCGAAAGAAUAGAAAACAAUCCUCGAAGGAAAGCCAAGGAGAGUAAAACUCGGGAAUAUUAUGAGAAGCAAUUCCCCGAAAUCCGCAAACAGCGAGAACAGCAGGAACGCUUUCAAAGGGUCGGACAAAGAGGAGCUGGCCUGCCAGCAACUAUUGCUAGAAGUGAGCAUGAAAUAUCUGAAAUCAUCGAUGGUCUUUCAGAGCAAGAGAACAAUGAAAAGCAGAUGAGGCAACUCUCAGUUAUCCCUCCAAUGAUGUACGACACAGAACAGCGACGGGUGAAGUUUCUCAACAUGAACGGCCUAAUGGAAGACCCCAUGAAGGUGUACAAAGAACGGCAGUUCAUGAAUGUCUGGACAGAGCAUGAGAAGGAAAUCUUCAAGGAGAAGUUUGUACAACACCCAAAAAACUUCGGCUUAAUUGCAUCGUACCUGGAAAGAAAGUGCGUGGCAGACUGUGUUCUGAAUUACUACUUGUCCAAGAAAAAUGAGAACUACAAGAAUCUUGUAAGGAGGAACUACGGGCGUCGCCGAGGCAGGAACACGCAACAGAUCUCUCGUCCCUCACAAGAAGAAAAAGAAACCGAGAAAGAAGAAGAGAAGGUUGACAAAGUAGAGAAGGAAGAAAAGGACGAGAGAAAGGACGAAGAGGAGAAAGAUGAUAAGGAGGAAUCCCAAAGGGAAAUUAUCAAAGAAAAGGACAAGCCAGACACACCAGGAGAGGAAACUGAAGAAAAAGAGCAGAAUAUCCCACGCGGACGAAAAACCGCAAACAGCCAGGGGCGUCGGAAAGGCAGGAUCCUCAGGUCCAUGGCAAAGGAGGCGAUAGCUGAGGAACCACCCAAUCCUCCACCUCCACCUGAACCAGCUGUGACGGAGCCGGUGGAGACCUCUCGCUGGACAGAGGAAGAAAUGGAAGUGGCCAAAAAAGGGCUCGUGGAACAUGGACGGAAUUGGGCAGCUAUUGCCAAGAUGGUGGGAACUAAAAGUGAAGCGCAGUGCAAGAAUUUCUACUUCAACUAUAAGAGGCGGCACAACCUGGACAUGCUGCUACAGCAACACAAACUGAAAGCGCAACAGAUGUCACGGAGAUCUCGCGAAGAGCGAGAGCUAUCUCAGUGCGAGAGCAUUGCAUCGACUGUGUCUGCCCAGGAGGACGAGGAGAAUGAAGUGUCGAAUGAGGAAGAAAACCAGGAGGACAGUGAAGGAGCCGAGAACAGCUCAGACACAGAGAGCGCGGCCUCACCUUCACCCAUGGAGAUGGGCAAGUCCAACAAGGAGAGUACUGAGGGCAUGAGAUUACCCAUUACAGAGACACCAGCGGAGCUCAGUCCUACCAACAGGAACAUUGGGAAUGUACCUCCCGCCCCAGAAGAACCAGCCGCUACCUCACCUGAUCUCCAAGUAAAGAAGGAGACCAGCCCAGGGUUCGAGGAGCCGAUGGAGAUCGAGAAUAAAGCUCAAUAUGCUGAGGCAAAGCCCGCAUUCGAAUCGUUGCCGACCAAAGCUGAGCCUGGAGACGCGGUCGUUAAGCUAGGGGAGGACGUCCAGGUCAAGGUUGAGGUAGACAGCAGAGAGAAGGACUUUGAAAAGGCAAAGCAGAAGGAGGAGAUGGCCCUGAUCUUGCCCCAGCUCAGCUCCCAGCUCGAGUCAGACAAUGAUUCCAGUGCUACCUGCAGCGCAGACGAGGUGGAGGACGGCGAGGCCGAGAGGCAAAGGGUAUAUUCUUCAGAAUCUAAACCAUCAUUGCUGCACCCUCAGAGCUCAGUGUUGAUGACUUCAGCCAUGAAAGCAGGUCAGCUGGACAUCCAGCAGCUCCACCAGCUCCAACAGCGAGCAGCGAUGAUCCCCAGUGUGAUGGCAUCUUCCUACGGACAUGGUGGUGUGUCUGCAGGAGUCCCUGUUAGCGGUCUGGCCCUGUUUCAGCGGCACAUCAAGGCCGUGCACGAUUCCGCACUGCAGGAAGAGCAACAACGGCAAAGGCAAGAACAACUGGACACCGAUCGAAGGAACUCUGUCAGUCCUCACAUCUACACAAAGAGCCCUACUGUGCUGGAAGGUAAACCAUUUGCCUACAUCCCCUAUCAUGAGACCAGGCGAAUAAUGGAGCAGGAAUCACAGACGCCAAGUGUGAGAUCAGCAUCUCCCUACAGACCGUCACCGAGGGAAGCGUGUAAGAUUUCUCCGCAGGCUGAAAUGAUCGCACCACGUUACAGCGUUCCACCAGUGCUUCAGCCUGCCCCACAUCAGAUGAUGCAGACACUACCCGAGGGAGGAAAGCUAGCAAUUACCAGACCAUCGAGGCCUCCCAACAUUCCCUCCCCGCCGCCUCUCAUCCCCUCAACCAAACCACCAAUGCCCACUGAGAAACCAUCCUACAUUAUGGGGGGACCCAUGUCACAGGGAACUCCUGGCACGUACCUUCCCCCUCACAGCCAAGUAACUUACAGUCAAGAGGCUGUGAAAACUACAGUCGGCUCAAUCUCUCUAGGAUUGCCUCGGCAACAAGAAAAUCCAAAAUCAGUUCCGUUACAGUUCAUUAAACAAGAGGAGCUGUCUCCGAAAGGCCACAAUCCUCAGCCAGAGGGGUUGCUCUGCAGAGCUGGGUACGAGACAACAGUGGUCAGAGGUCCGACAAUGUCGACUAUCCAGGAUGGAAGUCUAGUGCGAGGGAGCCCAGCUGCCAAGGUUUCUGCUGAGCCGCCUUCAUAUCGAGGGUCGAUUACUCAGGGGACGCCAGGAUUGCCUCAGCAGGGUGUUGCUGCUGACACCUUACUGAAGGGAACCAUCAGUAAACUUGCCACAGAGGAACCCAACAGCUGUGAGCAACCCAGGGAGGAAGCCAUGUCAAAAGGUCACGUUAUCUACGAGAGCAAAAGUGGGCACAUCCUGACUUACGACAGUGUAAAGAACGCCCGAGAAGGGACGAGAAGCCCUAGAACAGGCCUUGAACACCACGGGGUCAAGCGGACGUAUGACAUAAUGGAAUCGGGACUAACUCGAGGGCUUGCGUUGAGGGAAUCCCCUCUGUCUGCACCUUAUGAAGGUCUUAUAAGUCGUGCUUCGGAGUCUAAGGACAGGACGGUUACAUCGGGAUCAAUAAUGCAAGGCACCCCUCGGACAUCCAGCGAACUCUUCGAAGAAGGUCUAAAAUACAGUAAGCAGAUCAAGCGGGAAAGCCCGCCUCUGCGAAGCUUUGAGGGCUCCAUUACCAAGGGCAAGCCUUACGAGGGAGUUACUACCAUUAAAGAAAUGGGACGUUCAAUCCACGAGAUUCCAAGACAAGAAAGCCGGAAAACCCCAGAUAUGGUGCAGGCUGGCCGACAAGUUCUGGAGGGAUCUAUAUCUCAGGGAACGCCAGUGAAGCAUGAAAGCAGUGUGUUGAGCCAGUCCGCCAUUAAACACGACGUCAAGUCACUGAUCACGGCCCCCAGCAAGCACACGCACCCCAUGCACCAACUCGAGAUGAUCUCCGAGGGCGUGAAGGUCGUGGAGCGGAAAUACGAAGACGGGAAACAAGCAGAGCUGAUGCGCGCCCGGCAUACCUCAGUCGUCAAUUCGGGAACCUCUGUUCUCAGGUCAACUAUGCACGAAGCUGCCAAAUCACAGCUGAGCCCAGGCAUGUAUGAGGAUCCUAAUGCCAGAAGGACUCCUGUGGGAUAUCCAGGCUCCAUUGCCAGGGGAUCACCUUUGGUCGUCACCAGACCACAAGAAGGUGGCAUGACUUCAGGCAAAUCCAGCGGCCACGAAAGGAAAUCCACCCUGACCCCAACACAGAGAGAGAACAUCUCGGCCAAGUCUCCAGUCUCUGGAGUUGACCAGGUUCCCACGCACAACCCUUACGAGUCUCACCACAGCCGAGGGAAUCCCAGCGAGGUGUACAGAGGACACGUACCCCACCCCUUCGAACAGACGAUGGCUUUUCACAGGGCUUUAGACCCGGCAACUGCAGCAUAUCUGUUCCCCCGGCAGCUCUCCCCUAACCCCGGCUACCCCAACCCCUACCAGCUGUACGCCAUGGAGAACACACGGCAGACCAUCCUGAAUGACUACAUCACCUCACAGCAGAUGCAGGUCAUCACACGGCCAACCGUUGCCAGAGGAAUGUCACCGCAGGAACAUUUAAGUGUCUCCUUUGCGACUGGGGCUCGUGGAAUCAUCGACUUGGCACAGAUGCCUCACACGAUUCUCGUGCCAGGUGGGACCAAUACGCCUCCUAUGGACAGGAUUACCUACAUCCCAGGCAACCAAGCCCCUUACCCUGGCAGACCAUACAACCACUCCCCUAUCUCACCAAGUCACCCCGCACACAUAGCUGCCUCCACAGCAAACGCAGAACGUGAGAGAGAAAGAGAGCGGGAACGGGAAAAGGAGCGGGAGAGGGAACGAGAACGGGAGAGGGAGAGGGAGCGAGAACGAGAGAGAGAACAGAGGGAUCGAGAGCAAAGAGAAAGGGAGAGGAAAGCCGUGACCACUUGCGACCUCUCUUAUCUAAGGCCAGGUCCCGAGCAAACCAGUCGGCCGAGCAGCCACGGCUACGUUCGUUCACCGUCUCCACAAGUCCGACCCCAAGAAACCAUCUUACAACAAAGGCCCAGCAUCUUCCAGGGAGCCAACGGCAAGAGUGUCAUCACCCCGCUUGACCCAUCUGCACAGUCCAGAAUCAUGCAAAUACCCCAGGGAGCCCUGUCCAUACCUCAGGUACUGCCGACCUCCCGCUACAACACAGCAGCGGACGCACUGGCAGCACUUGUUGACGCUGCAGCCUCAGCGCCCCUGAUGGAGAUGAGCAAAGGGAAGGAGAGCAAGCACGACAGCCCCAGAGCAGAAGAAAUGACCGCACGCAGGGUCCCUCACCACCAACAUCAACUGCACCAACAGCAGCAGCAGAUGGAGCAUGAGCGACGUGCAGUACAGUCUCCAUAUUCAUCCUCCGGCCUCCCCUCUGGCAAGGCCCAGGGUCAGGCUGGCUAUCCCGACAGCAGUAAGGAUAAAGCUCCUCCCAAAUCUCGGUACGAGGAGGAGCUUAGGACUCGAGGGAAGACCACCAUAACCGCAGCCAAUUUUAUAGACGUCAUCAUCACACGACAGAUCGCCUCCGAUAAGGACAACCGUGAACGAGGAUCGCACAGCUCCGACUCCUCCAGCAGCGUGUCCUCCCAUCGCUACGACAUACCAGGGGCAGAUGCGAUUGAGGUCAUCAGUCCUGCAAACUCGCCUGUGCAGUCACAGGAGAAGGGGGAAUCGUUUCAGCAGGAGCUGCUCAAAUCUUCCCACCCAGAGAGUGAGCCCAACCCUCGAAACUUCGAGGGGCCUGUGAGUCGCUACAGGCUGAUGCAGAAAUCUCCGUCUCCUCAGCAGCCGCCAUCGUCACAGCCGGACAGUGUCUACUCUGUGGUGUCUAACCCUCAAGUUUCUAAAACGCACAAGCUGAUCACCCUCGCUGAUCACAUACACCACAUUAUCACCCAAGACUUUGCCCGAAACCAGUCCACCAGCCAGCAAUCCCAGCAAGCGCCCGUGUCCACAUUCCAGUCAUCGGUGGCCUCGAAUCGAGGGAAGAUGUCUAGCCAUUACAGCCCGGAGCCACAGCCCACACACAUUCCCCACCAUCAGAGACCCACCUCCAGGGUCUCUCCUGAGAACCCUGCAGAGAAGGGCAGAGGAAGGCCUGGGAAGUCCCCAGAACGAAGCCAUGUCUCUUCAGAACCGUACGAACCCAUCUCGCCACCCCAGGUCCCAGCCCCUCUGGAGAAGCAGGAGAGUGUGGUCCAGCCUCCCCAGCGAAGGGACCCAGAGCCAACCGAACAGAGGCUGCCCCCAAGUAAUGAUUGGCUCCCGAUGCCUUUGCUCGUCCGGAGAGGUCGGGCACCAGAAUCUGCUGCAAGGAAUGACUCGCGCUCGCCGGGGAAUGUAGGCUACCUGCCUGCGUUCUUCACCAAGCUCGAAAACACCUCACCAAUGGUCAAGUCCAAAAAACAGGAGAUAUUUCGCAAGUUGAAUUCCUCUGGUGGUGGAGAUUCUGAAAUCGCUAAUGCUCAGCCUGGGACAGAGAUCUUCAACUUACCAGCGGUCACAACAUCAGGUGUGGUUUCGUACAAAAAAGGCAGUGUCAGCUCUAGGAGUCAUUCCUUUGCAGAUCCCGCCAGUAACCUGGGUCUGGAAGACAUUAUUAGGAAAGCCUUAAUGGGGAAAUACGAUGACAAAGGAGAAGACCGGCAAGUGGUUCUGCCCCAUCCCGUCAACACAACACAGGGCAACAUCAAUACAAUCAUCACAGUGUCGAGUGACUCACGGACAGAAGAGGCCAAUCCAUCACCUCCUUCAGGUUCAACACCGUUUCCCUACAACCCCCUCACGAUGCGCAUGAUGAAUGUGCCGCCGACGUCCAUCGCCUGCACCCCACAGACCAUCAGCCAGGUCAGCGCACACCCCCCAACAAGGACAUGGGAUCGUGAGCCAGCGCCCUUGCUCUCCUCCCAGUACGAGACGCUGUCGGACAGUGAUGACUGAGCUCUGAUAGCAGCGCCGCGGCUGGGAUUUUCAGUAGUGUUUCAAGGCCUGUCGUACAGACGAGAGACUCUCUCUUCGAGAGCCCAGGCUACCGGAUGAUGAAGUAAAAAAAACAAAAUGAGGGUUUGUUUGCGGACACGAAUGUGAGAAGGCUUCCCUGUCUUCAAAGGAGCAGAUACCCACUGGGGGAGGAAAAGGAGGAGGAGAAGUGGCUGUUGCAGACACACACACACUCACACACGCCAGAAGCGUUCGAAAUGAAAGACAUUUUACGUUCAUCUGUUUGUAUAAAAAAAACCUUAAUGUCUUUAAAUCAUUCUUCUGUAAAUAGAGAGUACUUUUGCAGUGUUUUUGCCCUCUCCGCCCCACCCCCCUACCUCCCCCAUUGUAUCAUGCUACCAAUCCGAUGUAACUUUACGUUUUUAAAAAGGAACCGAAACUGUGCAUCGUCCGUAAGCGUAUAAAUCCACGAAUGGCAGACACACGAGCACUCUCGACGCUCACUGCUGCCCGAGUGAACCUGUUCCAGACCCGUUGUAAAUUGAGUUGCAUUUUGUCUUGAAUUAUUUAGCAGCACUGCUAAGAUAUUAAUGCAUGGGUGUAUUAUGAUUCAUUUUAAAACGAUAUUCGGAGAGGUUUCCUGACCUCGCUGCGCACACCGACCGGUAAAGAUAUGUGUUGAAAGUGAAGGUUUUUAUAUUUCCACUUGACGUUUUGUUUCUCCUUUUAGUUGUUUUAAAACGUCCUCUUUUUGUCCCAUUCUCACACACUCUCGCACCCCCACCACCACCCACCGCCACCAAAAAAAAAAGUUGAAAUCCCGACUAGCCCAAGAAAUGUAAAGCAAAUUAAUUACGAUACUUCUAUAAGUUCUCCAUUUGUUCCUGCUAUGAGGCCCCGAGACUGAGGGUGAACGAAGCGGGUAAGUAAGUGGCCGUUUGAUGUAAGAGGAUAGACUGACGCCUCACCCUGUCCACAGAAAUCUCGUAGAUCACUGUAGUCAAUGGUUGUAAGGGAAGGGGAGGGGAGUCCGUGUUUGUGAAGCCUAGUUCUGCUGCAACAUCACAUUCCAGAGCAUUGUAAUUCCUUUGAAAAAUAAGGCUUCUGUUCUCUAGGAAGACAUUGCACAAAAUUGGGGCUUGCCACAGUGUUAGAGCAACGCAGUUAUAGCUGAAGGGAUGACGAGUUGCAUUCUUUUCCCUCCCAGGACGUGUCAAGUCACAAAAGUCCAAACGUUGUUGCCCACCUUAGGGUUUACUGGUCACACCAGAGAAAUUGCGCACACACUCGGUAACUAACUCUUUGAGUGCUGAAAGGGUUUUUGGCAGCUGUGAAAAUGCAUGUUUUUUUUUUGUUUUUCCGUCACGUGAUUUGCAAAAGGAAUUCUGUACCUUUUUAUUUUGACUGUUUUAACCGCAGAAUUUCAGACUCGGGACAAAUCCUCGGAUCCUUUCUCAAGUUCAACAGGAGUGGAAUCAAACACGCUCGUGAAAUCGUGUUCAUGUUCCUUCCUUUGUUCAGAUCUACCUUGAAGCACUCAAAAGUUAACCGUGUCACUCGAUUUGGGUCAAAUUCUUAUUUUAAGUGUAUUUUGAGUGAAUAACGUCACACUGUAUCAGUUUGUUGUAACUGCAUUUCAGGAUUGAAGUUGGUAUCCCCCUUUCUGUUAGCCUGUUGAGGCUAAUUUAUCUUUUAAUAGCUCGGCAUUCCAGAACCUAGUCCAUGUUCAUGUAAAUGUUUCUUGACCUAAAAAUAAAGAUGCAAUCGGA